CAAUAGGUGGCUUGUGUGUCGUGUUUUCUUAUUGUGAUAAACAACAGAAAGAAAAAUAACUGAAAAAUCAUGGAGGAGACAGAAGAACCCGUCAUUGAAACGAAUCGCCGAGAAGAUUUACACGAUGAUAACAAAAGAUAUUGCUGGGUUUGUUUUGCUACGGAUGAGGACGAUCUUACGGCUGUGUGGGUGCAACCAUGCCAAUGUAGUGGGACAACAAGAUGGGUCCAUGAAAGUUGCCUCCAACGUUGGGUUGACGAAAAGCAGAAAGGCAAUUCAUUAGAAAGGGUUCACUGUCCACAAUGCAACACCCAAUAUGUUAUAGUUUUCCCUCCAAUUGGAAAACUCAUCUUAGUUCUUGAUAUUGCUGACCGUAUUAUUUACAGAGUGUGCCCAUUUAUAGCAGCUGGUGUUGUCAUUGGUUCUAUCUAUUGGACUGCUGUGACCUAUGGGGCGCUUACUAUCAUGCAAGCUGUUGGGGCCAAAGAAGGACUUGCAUUAAUGGAACAGUCAGAUCCACUUUUUCUUUUGAUCGGCCUACCAACAGUUCCUAUCAUGCUUAUACUGGGAAGGCUUGUUCGUUGGGAAGAAGCUCUCUUGGGUUUUCUUAAUAAGAAUGUUCCUAGGAUGCCCAUUGUGAAACAUUUACUACCCACUUUUCAAAUUGCAUCAGAUUCUGUGCGGCCCCAUACACAGGGAACAGAGCCACCAUUUUCUGAUCCGGUUUCUGCUACCAGGGUGUUAUGUGGAGCAUUAAUAUUUCCAUCAAUGGCUGUUCUCUUUGGAAAAUUGCUAUUUCAUCCUGUUCACUCCAAUCUAAAGAAAACUUUUUUUGGUGGCAUUGCUUUUUUGAUGCUCAAAGGAGCUUUGAAAAUCUAUUACAAGCAACAAAUUCUUAUUCGGCAAUAUCAACGCCGUGUGCUGGACUUCGCCAAAAGGCCAUCCGACGGAAAAGAAAUAAAAACAAGCAGUAAUACUAAUCCGUAAUUAGAAAGUAUGAAUUUUGGGAUUACAUGAAAGUGUAUAUAUUAAUCUUGAUUUGGGUGGGUUAAGAUCAGUUUGUGUAUUUGAACACAAUGAUACAUUUUUUUUUUUACAUUAGUUACAGUACUGAAACUGUUUCUGUUGAGAUGCUGCUGCAAAUAAAACUUGUUGGAACUUUAA